GCGGCGGCGGAGGAGGAGGGGGCGAGGAGGCGCGCGGCCCCCCGCUCCCUCCCUCCCCCCCUGACCCCCGACCCCCGCCGCCCGGCCCCCCGCCCCAGCCCCGGAGGGAGCUCAUGGGAGUAUGAAGGAGAUGGUAGGAGGCUGCUGCGUAUGUUCGGACGAGAGGGGCUGGGCCGAGAACCCGCUGGUCUACUGCGAUGGGCACGCGUGCAGCGUGGCCGUCCACCAAGCUUGCUAUGGCAUUGUCCAGGUGCCAACAGGACCCUGGUUCUGCCGGAAAUGUGAAUCUCAGGAGCGAGCGGCCAGGGUGAGGUGUGAGCUGUGCCCACACAAGGACGGGGCAUUGAAGAGGACGGACAAUGGAGGCUGGGCCCACGUGGUGUGUGCCCUCUACAUCCCCGAGGUGCAAUUUGCCAACGUGCUCACCAUGGAGCCCAUCGUGCUGCAGUACGUGCCUCAUGAUCGCUUCAACAAGACAUGUUACAUCUGCGAGGAGCAGGGCCGAGAGAGCAAGGCAGCCUCGGGAGCCUGCAUGACCUGUAACCGCCAUGGAUGUCGACAAGCUUUCCAUGUCACCUGCGCCCAAAUGGCAGGCCUGCUGUGUGAGGAAGAAGUGCUGGAGGUGGACAACGUCAAGUACUGCGGCUACUGCAAAUACCACUUCAGCAAGAUGAAGACAUCCCGGCAUGGCAGUGGGGGAGGAGGAGGCGGCAGCUCUGGGGGAGGCAGCAGUGGCUUUAUCACUGGCCGGAGAAGCCGGUCAACCUCUCCAUCUACCCAGCAGGAGAAGCACCCUACCCACCAUGAGAGGGGCCAGAAGAAGAGCCGGAAGGACAAAGAACGCCUUAAACAGAAGCACAAGAAGCGGCCUGAGUCACCCCCCAGCAUCCUCACCCCGCCUGUGGUCCCCACUGCUGACAAGGUCUCCUCAGCUUCCUCCUCCUGCCACCAUGAGGCCAGCAGUCAGGAGACCUCUGAGAGCAGCAGGGACUCAAAGGGGAAAAAGUCUUCCAGCCAUAGCCUGAGUCACAAGGGGAAGAAGCUGAGCAGUGGGAAAGGUGUGAGCAGUUUUACCUCCGCCUCCUCCUCCUCUUCCUCCUCCUCUUCUUCCUCCUCUGGGGGGCCCUUCCAGCCUGCAGUCUCGUCCCUGCAGAGCUCUCCUGACUUCUCUGCAUUCCCCAAGCUGGAACAGCCAGAGGAGGACAAGUACUCCAAGCCUGUGGCCCCCACCCCUUCAGCACCCCCUUCUCCCUCAGCUCCCGAGCCCCCCAAAGCUGAUCUCUUUGAGCAGAAGGUAGUCUUCUCUGGCUUUGGGCCCAUUGUGCGCUUCUCCACCACCACCUCCGGUUCGGGCCGGGCCCGGGCCCCAUCCCCUGGGGACUAUAAAUCCCCCCAUGUCUCGGGGUCUGGAGCCUCAGCAGGCACCCACAAGCGGAUGCCCACACUGAGUGCUGCCCCUGUGCCUGCUGAGGAGACCCCCGAGACAGGCCUGAAGGAGAAGAAACACAAAGCCAGCAAGAGGAGCCGACACGGGCCAGGCCGUCCCAAGGGCAGCCGUAACAAGGAGGGCUCUGGGGGUCCUGCUGCCCCCUCCCUGCCCAGUGCCCAGCUGGCUGGCUUCACUGCCACAGCUGCUUCGCCCUUCUCCGGAGGGUCCCUGGUCAGCUCCGGCCUGGGUGGUUUGGCCUCCCGCACCUUCGGGCCUUCUGGGAACCUGCCUAGCCUGAGCCUGGAGUCCCCCCUGCUGGGGGCAGGCAUCUACACCAGUAACAAGGACCCUAUCUCCCAUGGUGGGGGGAUGCUGCGGGCAGUCUGCAGCACCCCCCUCUCUUCCAGCCUGCUGGGGCCCCCGGGGAUUUCAGCCCUGCCCCGCCUCAGCCGCUCCCCAUUCACCAGCACCCUCCCCUCCUCCUCUGCUUCUAUCUCCACCACUCAGGUGUUUUCUCUGGCUGGCUCUACCUUUAGCCUCCCUUCUACCCACAUUUUUGGAACCCCCAUGGGCACCGUUAACCCCCUCCUCACCCAAGCCGAGAGCAGCCACACAGAGCCAGACCUGGAGGACUGCAGCUUCCGGUGUCGGGGGACCUCUCCCCAGGAGAGUCUGUCUUCCAUGUCCCCCAUCAGCAGCCUCCCUGCACUCUUCGACCAAACAGCGUCCGCGCCCUGCGGGAGCGGCCAGUUAGACCCCACGGCCCCCGGAACAACCAACAUGGAGCAGCUGCUGGAGAAGCAGGGCGACGGCGAGGCCGGCGUGAACAUCGUGGAGAUGCUGAAAGCGCUGCAUGCCCUGCAGAAGGAAAACCAACGGCUGCAGGAGCAGAUCCUGAGCCUGACGGCCAAGAAGGAGCGACUGCAGAUUCUCAACGUGCAGCUCUCCGUGCCCUUUCCCGCCCUGCCUGCCGCCAACGGCCCUGUCCCUGGCUCCUACGGCCUGCCUCCCCAGGCGGGCAGCAGCGACUCCUUGAGCACCAGCAAGAGCCCCCCAGGGAAGAACAGCCUCGGUCUGGACAACUCGUUGUCCACGUCCUCAGAGGACCCACACUCAGGCUGCCCGAGCCGCAGCAGCUCGUCGCUGUCCUUCCACAGCACGCCCCCACCGCUGCCCCUGCUCCAGCAGAGCCCCGCUACCCUGCCCUUGGCCCUGCCUGGGGCCCCUGCCUCCCUCCCGCCCCAGCCACAGAAUGGGUUGGGCCGGGCACCUGGGGCAGCGGGGCUGGGGGCCAUGCCCAUGGCUGAGGGGCUGCUGGGGGGGCUGGUGGGCAGUGGGGCCCUGCCCCUCAAUGGGCUCCUGGGGGGGUUGAAUGGGGCUGCUGCCCCCAACCCUGCAGGCUUGAGCCAGGCUGGCGGGGCCCCCACGCUGCAGCUGCCAGGUUGUCUCAACAGCCUGACUGAGCAGCAGAGACACCUCCUUCAGCAGCAGGAACAGCAGCUCCAGCAGCUCCAGCAGCUCCUGGCCUCCCCACAGCUGACCCCGGAACACCAGACCGUCGUCUACCAGAUGAUCCAGCAGAUCCAGCAGAAGCGGGAGCUGCAGCGGCUGCAGAUGGCCGGGGGCUCCCAACUGCCCAUGGCCAGCCUGCUGGCAGGAAGCUCGACCCCGCUGCUGUCUGCGGGCACCCCUGGCCUGCUGCCUACAGCGUCUGCCCCACCCCUGCUGCCCGCCGGAGCCCUGGUGGCCCCCUCGCUAGGCAACAACACAAGCCUCAUGGCCGCAGCAGCUGCGGCCGCAGCAGUAGCAGCAGCAGGUGGACCUCCAGUGCUCACUGCCCAGACCAACCCCUUCCUCAGCCUGUCGGGGACAGAUGCAAGUGGCAGUGGCCCCAAAGCAGGGACCGCUGACAAAGGAACCUCAGCCAACCAGGAAAAAGGUUAAAUCCACCCACGUCCCUCCUGAUCCCCCAAGUGGAGGGGGCAGAUCCUGGCCUGAGGGGUCCUAGUCUGGAGCAGGCACCCACGCCCAGACCCCUGGAGAGCCCGACCCAAGCGGGUGCUGAGUCCCAGGGAGUGUGGGGCGCCCCUGGUGCCGAGGACUGAGACUGAGAUGGGAGCCCCUUCCCCGCCUGGCCCCCUCCCCCCUCUGCACUGACCCCUUUGUGAGGGGCGCAGAGGGCAGACAGGCUCUAAGCCCACCUAGGUGUCCCCACUCUCAGCAAAUUCUCGGGAUCCCCUGGGCCCAUGUGGGAGCUUGAUGUUGGGCUGGCCACAUAAAAUGGAUCACCACUGGAGUGGGGAGAAGUGGAGAGGCAGGCCCUGGGCAGUACGUAUCCAAUGUGGGAAUCUGUAAAGGAAGAAGGGGUGGCUGGAAUUUUCCUGCAGUUUCUUCCCAACUUGGGCAGAUGGCCGAAGGAGGGGUCCCAUGGACUGUUUCUCACUGCCCACCCACCCCUGCCCCCAAUGAGGGUCACAAGCUGAACUUGUAAAAUCCCAGAGAUUAGGGGGCCUGAGGAAGGGUAGAACAGCAGCAGCCGCAGCCCAGACCUCCUUGCCUCUAGGGCACCCCCCACCCUUGGUGCCCCUGCCCCUUGUUUGCACUAUUGGAUUUAGGAGUGCCGAGGGUGGAGAGAUGGAGCUGUGUGACUCACUGUGUGUGUGUGUGUGUGUGUGUGUGUGUGUGUGUGUCUCCCCCUGGACCUGGGACAGCUGAUGGCAGGGAUAGGAGCAAUGGUCAGAUGAGGCAGCACCAGAGGGGGCAGUUCCCAGCUCUUUUUUGCACCCUCCCCACCUCACCAACUUUGGUCCCUCUCUGGGGCAUGAAUGGCUGGCAAAAGCCAAAACUAGUACUCCAGUGUUGGAGAGGAGCUGGGGGCUUUGAAUCAGGGUAAUAGCCUGCCUGCCUUCUCCCCCACCCCAGACCCCACAGGUCUCUGCUUCCUCAGGGCCCCCACCCCACCAAGAGUUCGGUCUUGCUUCCCUGGCACCAGGGUGGCCCACGGAUUGGGGGAGGGGGCCAGGGAGGGUCAAGUGCCCCUUCCUUUAGCGGAAGCCUCCCUCUUAGAAUUAACCAGUCUGCCUCCCCAAACCCCACCCCCGCCAACCAGGGGAGAUGCUUAAGCUGACCUAGCAACUGUCCCCGGACUCACCAGCUAUUUCCCCAAGAUGUCUUGGGCUUCCCACCUUACAAGAGUCCCCAUCUGCCCGGGGCCAGCAGACACCGAGGGGCCCAUGCGUCAGGAGAGAGGCGAGGCAAGGUUGUAGACCGUGUCUGUGUUUCAGUUGCACUGGGGUUGGAGCUGGGGCUGGCGUUUCCAGCCUUCCCUGAGGCUCACAUCUUGUCAGUCUUUUUGCAUGUGUGGAUUUUUUUGUGUGUGUGUUUCUGUUUGGGUUUUUGUUGUUGUUGGCUUUUUUUUUUUAAUAAAGAAAAGAAGAUGUGUAUAUUUUUGGCAAAGACAGAAACGUAGUGCAGAUAUAUUUUUGCCUGUGCUGCUCAACUGGUUUGUUUUCUGAUACUGAAAAUAAUAUUAAUAUUCCUGUUGAUAAGACUUUGUAAGAUGUUAAGGAGCUGAAAAUGGAGGGGGGUGGGGGGACCCUUCAGAGGCAAUUUCUUAGGCAGUUGCAAGGUCUUGGGGUGGGGGGGAGGAGUUGUGGUGACCUCAGAAAUACUUUUUAUUAAUGCUAAAUGUCAGUUAGAAAGAAAUGAUAGCAUUGAGCAUUUUAUUCAUCGUAAUCUAUUAAGCUUUUUAAUUCCCUGCCCCAAACUGCUGAAGAAGAAAAAAAAAACCUUUCAGAGAAUCUUACUGAGAGUUGCUCCUUGACAGCCACGCCCUU